GAGCCAUCCAUUUUGCGAGCCUAGCCCUUCCUGGAGGUGGAGGGAGCGAUGUUUCCAUAAUCGACUUGAACCUAAACUGCUCAAGCAGGCCUUGCAUUAUCACAUACAGGCCGCAACAAUUGGGUGCAUCAAGCAGCAACUCCUGUCGGUGACAUAUCAUUGACGCAUCUCGCAUGAAGUCCAUCUCGAUCUGGUUACCGCUACAAACGUUUCCCGCUACUUUACUCCAGUGUCGCCAUGGCCAGCAAAUCACCGGAAUGGCUGUCCAAGACCUCGAAGCCGAUUUCCGAGGCAGGCCCUUCGACGACAUCCGUUUCCGAGGACAGUUCAACUCAAGAUGCCCGGUCCCGACGACGUGAGCAGGUCAGGCGGGCACAGAGAACGCAUCGUGAUCGCAAAGCAACCUACGUCAAGAUGUUAGAGACGGAAGUCGCCAAGUUACGGACGAAAGACGCAACGAAUAACGCCGAGAUCCAAGCGUACAAGGUCACGAUUCGUCGACUGAAAGAUUUGAUCAAACAUCACAACCUCAUCUUGCCGCCGGAUUUGGCAUCAGACCCGCUCAUCAAGAGUCCUCAAGCCGCCAUCGAAUUAGUCGGCCUGCCCGAUCACACACAGACCAUUCGCGCCCAGUUGCCUGAGGCGUACGCGUACGCUCCCCAGUACACCGUCGGGGCUAGCUCGCUUCCAGAAGGCGACAUAUCUUCCACGCUCAACUCCUUACAUACCGUGGCUUCUUCAACUAUGAACCAGGCUGCGCUGGCUAACAUGAGGCUCUGCGACAGUAUUGACACGGCCUUCGAUCGGCAGCAGCAGUACACAUCAGGAGGGGGAUUGGACAUGGCAGAUUUAUCGUCGGCAAUCCCACAUCCUCAGGACCUCGGGACAGCCCAGACCGGCGUCGACUUCGUGCUCGGGCUAGAAUACGUGUGCCUUGGACAUCACGCGGUACACAACGCCGACAUUGAUGGCAGUGGGCACGAGAUGAUGUUGAUGAGUCCGAUAAUGCGGUGCUCGCCUCCGCUGUCACAGCCGACCGACGGAGGUUCAGGGUCCGGGCUGCCUGACGGGACGAAAUGGAACGUGCCCGCCGUGGAGUUGGAGAAGCUGCUCGAGUUUUCGGAUCGACUGAGUCUCGACGGGGAAAUCACACCCGUCGAGGCGUGGCAGAGGAUACGACUGCACCCGAGAUUUCCGGACCUGACGAUGGCCGGACUCGAGGACAUCAGGUCCAAGCUUGUGCCUGAAGUCAAGUGCUAUGGCUUUGGUGCCGUGAUUGACGAGGCGUACUUCAAUUCCAUCAUUUCGCAGACGAUGGGACCGGAUGAGGGAGUUUCUUGACGCGCAAGGAUUGGGGGUGGUCCUGCUGGGAGUAGGGGUUUUGUGCCUCUUCAAGUGAUCACCAGCUCAUCGAAGUGGAGGACGACGCAACUCGAGAAAGAAACGGGAAAUAAAACCAACCUGAACAGAAUGAAUGUUUAUGCGGCGCGGCAACUUGAGUCUGGGUUUUCAGGACAUACUAUUGGCGUUUAAAAGAAUUAUGUUGCGCAUGUUAUGUGAUGGGUGUUGUAUUACCAGAUGGUUCCAUGAAGCCCUUUCAAUUUUACCUGUCUCAGACAAGGUCGACAUCAGUG